GUACAAAUUACCAGCAAAACCGCAAGUUCUCUGAUAAUGCAGGGAGAUCCAGUAACAAUCAAAACUGGUCUAAAGCUGGCAAAGGUGGAGGAAUUAAAAAAGGAUUCAAAGGGAACGAUAGAGCAUCUAACGAAAGCUAUAACAACAGGAAUCAGUACAGUGAUAAAAGAAACUGGAAAUAUGAAGAACAAGAGAGAUCAUUUGAUCAUAAUCGGCAGCGUCAAGACUCAUACCGUAACACUGCUGCUACAAACACGGCACAAAGGAGUCGUCAAAAUUCAGAAUCAAAGGAUAAUUCAGCCAGGAAUAGCAGGGUCACAGUAAUGUCAUAUUUACUAUCAGAUACUACAACACAACCUUCGUUCUCAGGAACACCGACAAAGGCAUCUUCGCUGUCAGGUUCCCAAGGGGUGUAUGAUCAAGAAAAUCUAACAUCAGUAUCUCCAUCAACUGAUCAAGCUGCAAUGCGUGUGCCUGUGACACCGGUGAAGGAUCUUUCACUUUCAGAUCCAGCGAUACUAUCGGUCUGCGAAAGUAAAGAACAAAUGGAUUCUCUGAAGCAGAGCAAAAAAAUACCUGGCUUAUCUGGCGCUGAUUCUGGUGCAGACAGGAAGAAGACAGCAGGUUUCAAAUCAGAGGAUACAGUAAGGAGGAAUGCUGGGCCUGAUUUGAAGAAUACCAAGAAGCUUGAAUCUCAGGAAUCUGGGAAAAGCCAAGGUGUUUGGAAGGGAGUGCCUCUUGACCAGUUGAGAAGAGCUCCUGAAUGCUUCAGUGAGUCUCCAUCUUCACAAGGAGCUGCAAAUGAGUCAGCAGACCAUUCUGACAUGCUAAAAAGUCAGGAGCCCAUAGACAGAAUUGUUCCUAGCUAUGUGCUUCUACCACAUCAACAGACACCAGAGGAUUUUCGUCUAAGCUCAAGAUGGCAAAACAUUGUUCAGAUUUUGAAUGCAGAUAUAUUCAAUAUCUGGGGCCUGGAGGAGGCACUGACAGCAAUUGCUCAUCACAAUCCUCUGCAAAGUCCUCACCGCGGUCGCCAUCACAGCCCUCAGCGCUAUCCCAAUGAGAAGUUGGACUUUCGUGCACUUCAUGCUUAUUUUAAGACAUUGAAUAAUGAGGAGUGCGAGCGCUUUUUUCAUUCAACACUUCCAAAAAUUAAGAAGCUUGCUCUUCAGCUACCAUAUCUUUUCCAAGAGCCUCUGCCUAUUUUGAAGCAGCGAGUUAACAAAGAAAUCACUCUGAGUCAGCAUCAAGCUGCUUGUCUUUUAGCGAAUGCCUUUUUCAACACAUUUCCUCAACGACAGCAUAAUCAAAAGGAAGGAAGGCCGCUACAGAUGCCAGAGUUCAACUUCAUCAG